AUGGAAGAAAAAUAUGGAAAGAUAUUCCAUAUAUUGAAGGAACAGUACAAAGUAGACAACAAACUCCAAACUUUAGAAGCACAAUUCAAAGAACUGGACUUCGCCAGGGACAACCUUACACAGAAAUUUGAAUAUCAUAGCAAGACUUUGGCAAGUCAGGCAGUCCAAGAUGAGAUGUGGACAGCAGUUCUGGGCCUUAAGUUCACUUCAGUGGAACUGAAUGUUUUAUACAGCUAUGUCAUUGAAGUACUCAUUUGCUUGCACACUCAUAUACUUGAGAUGCUGCCAGACUUGGUGAGAAGUCUUCCCACAUUAACCUCUGUCCUUAGAUGGAAAGCCAAGAACAAGCACCUAAGAAUCGUGUGGGAGUCUGUCCUGGAGGAGUUUGGGCUUCAAGAAGGAGAUAUCACAGCACUCUGUACCUUCUUUGUUGCAUAUGGCAACAAGGCAGAAUACUACCCUGCUAAAAUGAGAAAGAUGUACAUCAGAGAUGUCACGUUCAUGAUCACUAACAUGGUAAAGAACCAGGCUUUGCAGGAUGGUUUGCUGAGGGGUGUUCAGGUAAUUGAAAAGGGGAAAGCAGUGAGGGCCUCCAAAGAGCAAAAGUCAUCGCUAAAAGACUUGAUACCAUCAGUCAAAAAAUAA